AUGAAGAUUGGUGCGUGGCUGGUGUGUGUGUUGGUCACGGCUUGCGUGAGUGUCCAUGCAGCGCUCACGGCAAGUCAGUCCAGUCUUCUUGCCGAGGCGCGCAAGUCGCCGCAUGGUAUUUUGAAGUUGGAUGAGCGCAAGUACCAUGAGCUCCUCCAAGGUCCGCGUGACUAUGGCGUGUUUGUCCAGAUGACGGCCCUGCAUCCGCGAUUCCGGUGCGGAGCAUGCGCGCUUCUGAAUGAUCCUUUUGAGCAGGUCGCGCGUGGCUGGAAAUCGACUAAGCGGCGCAAUGACCUCGUGUUUGCGACGAUCGAUGCGAACGACGGCAUGGAGCUGUUCCGUCGAAUGGGCAUGACCUAUGUGCCGGUCAUGAACUACUUCCCGCCCCAUGUGGAUCUUCCUGAAGAGUACGACCUGACUUUGAAUGGCUACGGUGCGGACGAUAUCGCAGAAUUUGUGUCGGCGCGAAUCGGUGUGCCGUUCCGCCCGAAAAAGCCCCUGAUGCCCAAGCAGACGGCGGUGUACUUCAUUCCCGUGGCCUUUGCCGUGGCCCUUGCCUCCAUGAUAAUGCGUCAGCGCAGCUGGCAGGAAGGCGUGAAGACGCUCGGUCUCAUGGCCUGCGUGAGUCUCGUGCUGACAUUCACAUCGGGCUACAUGUGGACUCGAAUUCAAGGAGCCCCCUUCAUGUCGUUUGAGCCUACCGGUGCGCCGAUCUACAUUACAGCUGGAUUCCAGGCGCAGUAUGGUGUCGAGAGCCUGUUGCUGAUUGCGCUGUACGCAAGCUUCGUCGCAUCCAUUCUCGUGCUGACGCGCUUCGCGCCCAAGAUCGAGUCGCCGAUCUUGCAGCGAGUCGUGGUGGUGGCCGGUGCCUUGGCACUGGUUCUGCAGUACGGUCUAUUUGCGCUCAUGUUUUCGUACAAAAAUCCAGGAUAUCCCUUCCGCCUCCUUCUAUAG